AUGGCGAGCGUUACAUCCCUAGGUCUCCAUGAGCCUACCGGCCUCCAAUACGCAAAGCAGGAACAUAUCGUGCCGCCAGACUCCACCAGCAACUCCUACGAAUGGCUCAAUCACUUCAACAGCAGUGCCAGCUCCUCUUUCGAUGAUGACGAGCUGCUGGUAACUCCGCGAUGUGUUAUAUGGAGCAGAGGUGGGGUGUUCCGCAAGGCAUAUAAGUUCGAUCUCGAGAAGGAAGAAGUUACUCAGGCGCUGUUCACUACGUUCCCGAAUCUUGGGCCUCUCGCUGCAAAAGAGAAUGGGGCGCACCAGAAGAAAGGGUCACCAGGGCAGAGAGAGACGGCAAUCGUAGUGUUCCUAAAGACCCAGGCGCACGUCUACUUCCUCGCCGGUACGAGCCAUGUGAUACACCUACCAUUCGAGGUCGAAUCCGUAUCUGCCGCUCCGAAGGGGCUCAUAAUACAGCGAAAGCUACGACUCGAUAAUAUGGUUGCAGCCUCGCUCAGAUUUCCUCGCGUACCGCCCAAUUCCUUUGUUUCCUCCCAGCCUCAGCCAUCGUGGUCUGCGGCAAGUUCGCAGCAGUCAACAUUCUCGCUUGCGGAGCUUGGGGGGUUGAAGCAGAUGCAUAUGCCACAGUUAACUCUGAAAGAUAUGUGGGAUCCACCGACGUUGAAGAAUGAUUCAAAUUGGCCUCGGCUAUUUUCGUUGUCAGAUCCCCUCGCUGACAUGAGCCUUGUUGCUGCCCAGCUCUCAAAACCUGCCGGUCGUCGAAACAGGGAGAGCUUGUCACAGACCACAACAUUGGAUCCCGCGGAGGAGCUCAUUCACGUUUCACAGCAGGAUGAGUUCUCUCCCAAGAAUAGCGAGGACCCUCUGAUCCUCGCAUUAACUUUAAAUCGAGAGACGAGCUGUUAUACGGUGUGGAAAUUGUCAUACCUCCCGCCCAAGCCUCCUUUUGGCGAGAAAAAACGAGUUUCGAGUGGAGUGAUAUCUCGGCGGAGGAGUUCUUUUAUGCCAGGGGGGGCCGCUACUGGAGCUACUACCCCUGUUGGAAAUGGUCGACCUAAUUUUAGAGACAGCAUUGGAGAUGCACAGCAGGGGAUCGGUUCACUGAAGGGUGUUCCCAAACAGAAUGAAUCUCGAGGCAAAAUUGUCGAUUUUGCAUCCUCGCUCGACCCAGACUUUGAAAGUGCCCUGAUGCCACGGAAGAAGUCCCGGCGUGUAAGCUCUAUGCUCGCAAGAGCAGAUCUUUCUGCAUCACAUGAGCGCUCUGCUUUCUCGGAACUCGCUUCUGGUCAUCCAAACACCGUGAAGCGGCGAGGGGAGUCUCUGGGAAGCCAACAUACAAGGACGAGUACAGGGGCAUAUGCUGGACUGGGCGGUACGAGCUUUGCUCAAACACCACAGUUUAGCCACAGUCUGAGCGGCUAUCUUGAAGCCCCAGUAGACGACUUGCUGGACGAGUUGCGGGCUGGAGGUGACUUUGAGGGUUUCCACAACAUGGGUCUUGAUGAUGAUGAAUUCAAUGGGCUAGAGAAAGAAGUUGUGCUUACAAAGAUAAGCAGUGUCUCUGCAGAACACAACAAUGUUCGGUAUUCGGUUCAAAAUAAGCCAGCUGCCACUCAAUUCAAAGUUUUCACGCUUCCUGCUCCAGCCUCUGCGGCGGAUGACAGGGGUAACACGAUCGUGGUCUGCAUUUUGGAUCCUGACGAGAAAAGGCUAGUCGUAUUGACUCUUCUCUUGGAGACCAAUAAAGCUAGUGUCGAUAUGGUCAAUAAGGAGCAGACUGGAGCAAAAUCCGAAAAGGACAGCACUGUGAUAUCUUUGGGUCCAGUAACGCGGGCGAAGGGAGUGAUAGAUGCCUGUAGACUUGAUGAUGGUCGGGUCUCUCGCAUUCUAGCGCUAACAGAGACUCUUGAUGGGUUCGGGGAGCUGAGUCUGCAGGCCCCAUGGAGUCUCCUCAUGAAAGUGGCUCUUCCCGAGAAGUUUACGAUAAGCAAUACUCGAAAUUUGAAUCAUGACCCUACACCCCUCGCCAAACGAGACGGAGGCUUCAGACGUGUCUUAAGUCAGGGGCCACGAGCUUUGCUAGGACUGCGGAAUGCAAGACCAGGAGGCAUCGUCGACUUGGUGGAUGAUGAAGGAAAGAUGCAUCAGCUGCAACUAGUACUCGAGCCACGAAACCCUCACGUUCGCAAAAUACUUGAAGUUUGUAGGGCUGUUCUCCCAGCGGGCAGCGGUGGGGAAAGAAUACUCGUUUGUUGGUGGAACGUCAUGCAGUGGAUACGACUCGAGGAUGUCGAUACAAUAGAUCCGGAAUGGACUGCUCUUGUUAUCACGCUGUUCUCAAUGGUACUCGGCCUGAGCAGCGCGUCCAAACCUGGCAAACCUGGACAGAUGCACCCCAGGAAAAACCUAACAAAAAGCCAUGUGAGAUCUGGCAGCGGAGCUCAAUUGAACUUGGAAAACUGGGAUUUGAUGCAGGCGGAGGAGGCAUCCCACGGAAACCCAGUACCUUCUUGGGGAAGCAACACCGGAUGGAAAUGGUUGACAGAGGAUGAUGAUAUGUUACUUCAGAUCCCCGCUUCUCCGGCGUCUGUUUUCACCCCGACUAAUAGCAAUAAUCAUCUACCUUUCGUCCGCAGGCAUGUAAAACUCGCACGAGAAUUUGUGCGCACCAAAUUGGGCUUCGACUCCAUUUCUAAUUGCUUGCCUACCUCCGGAAACACAAGUCUGGAAGUCAGAAAGGCUGCAUUUACGGAUGUGUUCAUUGGCCUUCAUCUGCUAUACGAGGAGCAAAAGCUCGAUACAAUGAUGGCAGAUUCCUUCAGCACAGGUGGCUCAAGCGUAGCGCCCAUUCUUGCACAAAUUGCCAGAUGGCUAGGUUGGGACAGCUGGAUCCAGCAUUACGACCUCGAUGAAGCUUUGUUGCUUUACGUAGACUAUGAUUCUGGUAAUGAUCGUUUCCAAAUGGCAAGACGUAGCUUACGCGCCUUUAGAACAACCCUUAGAUUCGUCAAUACCACAACCGAUGGAAUUUUGAUGGCAUUCACAACUCUGCCAGACUUAGUUGCGACGCGCUCUACGUCAAUAGAAAGCACUUACAACCCCGAGCAAUGGUUUUUACUCACACCUCGGACCCUUGUCUUCGUACAAUUUUUUUCAGUCAUGCAAAGCAACUGGUCUCCCCAGAAGCUUGUAGAGGCACUCUCUUCUGCUGGCGCAGACCAGCUCUUCCUCGAAACACUUCCCGAAGCCGUCCUGGCACCUCUUCAGGAGGCUAUUGUAAAGAGCCAAGCAGAACCACUAAGUAGUUGGGAUAAGAAGCUGCUCAGUCUUGUGGGUCGGGAGGACAUGACUGUGCUUCUUACGCCAGGGAAAAAGCCUCGGCAAUCGCAAUUGACUUUACUGGCACCCACCCACGAAGCAAACCUGGAUAUCCAUGCAGUCUGUCUCUCGGUAACGGAUACCGAGGUUGCUGGCUCUUUCGAUGGAUCUGUCGAAGUAGACCGACAAGCAAUCAGUCGCUCACUAUUCAAGAACGACAGAAGGAUGAACGAAGCUAUCAAGAUUCUCAGUUCGACGAGAGCUACUGUGGCACGCUGCAGGGUCAAUCCCCAAUGGUCGGAAUCAGAAGUGCUAGAGGCACAAAAAGAACAUGCACAGAUGCUGGCAUAUCGCGUACUAGCGAUUCCUGCGGGGAGUGGACUGCUAAACUACAGCGCUCGCAUACCACUGCUCACACAGAAAUGGACUAUCCGAGGUUUCAAUUUGAACUUCGUCAUGAAACCAGACAACCACACUGUCACGGCAGACAAGUCCGCAUUUUCAGAGGAGAAAAUUGGCUGGGCUUUCUUCCAUAAUGGUGUGGCUUCUGGUCUCAGCAUUUCGCGCGAUGCCAAAGGCAUUGAUACCUCCUGGAUCCUGUACAAUAAGCCCACUCCGGACCUCAGCAAUCGACAUGCUGGCUUCUUGCUUGCUCUCGGAUUGAAUGGACAUCUGAAGUCAGUGGCAAAAUGGGUGGCCUUCAAGUAUCUAACACCGAAACACACUAUGACUUCCAUUGGAUUACUGCUCGGUCUGGCUGCAUCAUAUCUUGGCACGAUGGAUUCGUUGGUGACAAGACUAUUGUCUGUCCACGUAACACGAAUGCUGCCACCAGGUGCAGCGGAGCUAAAUAUCUCUCCUUUGACCCAGACGACAGGAAUCAUGGGCAUCGGACUUCUCUACUGUAAUACACAACAUCGCCGCAUGAGCGAAAUCAUGGUUUCUGAGAUCGAGCACAUUGACUCGGAGACUGAAGAAGAGCCUCUGCGAAAUGAAGGAUACCGUCUAGCUGCAGGAUUUGCUCUUGGACUCAUCAACCUAGGAAAAGGCUCCGACUUGAAGGGGUUAUACGACAUGCGUCUUACCGAGAGAUUGCUUGCGCUCGCUGUUGAUAGUAAGAAGGUGGACCUUGUACAUGUCCUCGAUAAAGCAACCGCCGCAGCCGUGGUGGCAAUCGCCCUCAUUUUCAUGAAAUCGGAAAACCAGGUCCUUGCCCGCAAGAUCGAUGUUCCGGCCUCUUUGCUUCAGUUUGAUUACAUCCGACCAGAUAUAUUUCUUCUCCGCACGCUUGCAAAACAUCUGAUCAUGUGGGAACGGAUUUCUCCUUCCUUUGAAUGGGUCAAGGAUAAUCUUCCAGAUGCGUACAAGAAACGGAGUACGCUCGAAGAGAUCAAAUUUCUGACAACCAAAGACCUACCAUUCUACAACAUCAUUGCUGGAGUUUGCUUUAGUAUCGCUCUACGCUUCGCCGGUUCGGGCAAGGCUGAUGUUCGCGACCUGCUCAUCCACUACUUGGACCAGCUCAUGCGGAUAUGUCGACUAGGAGCCGGCACGUUCGAUAAGAAACUGGCGAGGAUCACUGUCCGAAAUUGUCAAGACCUGUUGGCUCUCGCAGUUGCAACCGUCAUGGCCGGCACGGGGGACCUGAUUGUUUUCCGACGACUCCGAUCCAUGCACGGACGUGACGACAACGAGACGCCUUACGGAAGUCAUCUUGCAGCUCACUUAGCCGUUGGGGCCCUCUUUCUGGGUGGCGGCACAUUUACCUUUGGCACAUCGAGUCUGGCUAUAGCAGCAUUGCUGAUCGCUUUCUACCCGAUAUUCCCAUCCGCCGUCCAGGACAACAAAUCCCAUCUACAAGCAUUCCGCCAUUUCUGGGUCCUGGCAGCAGAACCGAGGUGCCUUGUGGUCAGAGAUAUUGACACAAAUCAACUGGUUUCUGUUCAAACCAUCGUCACCCUACGGGAUGGGGACGGGGUCCCUAUUACUCUCCAUAGCCCUGCCCUCUUGCCUGAACUGCAUCUCAUCAAGACAAUCCGUACCAACAGUACCGAGUACUGGAAUCUUGUUCUUGACCUGGAGAGUAACGAGGCACACAUGAACGCUUUCAAAUCAACACAAACGAUCCAUGUCCGCCGAUGCCUUGCCAAUGAUGGCGGCAACUCGCCCUUUCAGGCAACCCUGCAAGCCUUGAACGAGGGAGAGGGCACCGCUUCCCAAUCUCUCGAGUGGCUGUUUGAGUUGCCCGCAUUUAAGUCCCUCAGCAAGGCCGAGAGGGCUUUGGUGCUUCCUCCGGACCAAGGCGGUGCCAGUGACGUACACGCAGGUACGGAUGAAACCGUCGUCGACGCUCGACUGGUGUUGGAGAAUGGCUCUCUGGACAGCGGGAAGAGAGACCGAUUGCUAGGAUUGAGACUGCUCUUCGAGUUUGCAGAUCAGGCUGCUCGCGAAGGGAAAGAAAUGCAAUGGAUACGCAUGGAGGUGGUCGAUCGCUUGAAGGCGAAGGUAUGGAAGAUGACAAGCGAAGAACAGACCUUGACCUGA